CACAAUCAGCCCAAUGCCUGGUGACUAAAAGCACAGAGGACGGGGCGGGAUCACAGCUGCUAAUAAUACCUUCUUAUCCAAUGAAAAACAUUUCCUAUUGAGACCCCCAAGAGUUCCCCCUGCCCACUGAUCCUGCAUAGACAUUGGGCCUUUUCUUGCGUCCUGUUUCCUAAGGCGUGAUGGCUGCAACAUUCAGCAGUUUUUCUCCCCUAACAAAGGAAUGGAGAUAACUGUUGGUAGCCUCACAUUUUAAAGGAUGAACGACAAUCAGUAAACAGCUAGAGCAGGCAGAUUUUACUUAUGGGAUUAAACAAACCUGCAUUUAAAAAAAAUGGAUAAGUCUGUGGACUGCCAGAGAGGAAUCCUGAGAUCUACUAACUAGGUAGCUGUCUGGAGGCAUGAUAUCUCUAGUCUGUAUCUCUUGGGAUGACAGGACAUCACAAAUAUGAGGCGCCAGAGCUUCAAGCCACAACAUUAGAAUUCUUAAGGAAGAGUGCUCUCACUGACUUAUUUUAUGGAUGCCACUGAAUUCAGCUUUGAAGGGCUCCAAAAACACAUCACAGACCUGGAAUGGGAAACCACAGCAAUAAUCAUACCUGUUUGACAGAUGAUUCCUUUAAAUACAACCUGUAUGGGGCCGUAUACAGCGUGGUAUUCAUCCUUGGCUUGAUCACAAACUGUGCCUCUUUGUUUGUUUUCUGCUGUCGAAUGAAAAUGCGAAGCGAGACAACUAUUUUCAUGACAAACCUUGCCGUCUCUGACUUGCUCUUUGUAUUCACUUUGCCUUUUAAAAUAUUUUAUAAUUUCAACAGGCACUGGCCUUUUGGGGACACUCUGUGCAAGAUUUCAGGGACUGCAUUUCUUACCAACAUAUAUGGCAGUAUGCUGUUCCUCACCUGUAUUAGUGUCAACCGUUUUCUGGCUAUUGUCUACCCAUUCAGAUCUCGUACCAUUCGGACAAGGAGAAAUUCAGCCAUUGUGUGUGCAGGAGUCUGGAUACUAGUCCUCAGUGGAGGAAUUUUAGCCUCAUUGUUCUCCACAACCAACGUCUCCAACACUAGCACAACCUGCUUUGAGGGUUUUUCCAAAAUUGUUUGGAAGACCUAUUUGUCUAAGAUCACUAUAUUUAUUGAAGUGGUAGGAUUCAUAAUUCCUUUGCUAAUCAACCUCACGUGCUCUUCACUGGUUCUGAGGACUCUCCGGAAACCUGCUACAUUAUCUCAGAUUGGGACAAACAAAGUGAAAGUACUAAAGAUGAUUAUUGUGCAUGUGGCCAUUUUUGUAGUAUGCUUUGUGCCCUACAAUUCCAUACUUUUCUUAUAUGCUCUUGUGCGCUCUCAAGCCAUAGCAAACUGCUCUUUGGAGAGAUUUGCUAGGACAAUGUACCCAAUCACAUUAUGCAUUGCAACAAUGAAUUGCUGCUUUGACCCCUUCAUUUACUACUUCACAUCAGAAUCUUUUCAAAAGUCUUUCAAUAUACACCCCCAAAUACAAAUGGACUCCAUUUCCAAGACUGAAACACCUCUAACAAUGAAGACCACACUGCCUGCAAUACAGGAGGAAGUGAAUGACCAGGCUAUUACAAAUGGAGGUGAUCCAAUUGCUGAAUCACAUUUCUAAUGGCUUGUCUACAUACAGAGUUAUUCCUCAUUAAUUAUCCCUGAUUCACUCCCAGAGAUGAAAGUAGGCUGGUACGGGCCGGUAUGGUGUACCAGUAAGAAGCCAGUACCAGCCCAUAUGCAGCCGACCUUAAAGCGCUGCCAUGGCAGUGCUUUAAUGUCUCUGCCCCUUUUGCCCCCCGUCAGCAGCCCUGCUAGAAGGGAUCCUAUUGGCAGGGCAGGCAAAAGAGGCAGCUGGCCUGGGGCCGGUGAUUUAAAAAGGGUGAUUUAAAAGGGCGUCAGUGGCCAGAGCCCCGAGCCCUUUUAAAUUGCCGCUGAAGCCCCAGGCGGCACGGGCCAGGCAGCAAAGAUGGGCUGGCUGGGGGACGCUGACCUCCAGCCCAGCUCCUUCCACGGGCCCAGAGCCAGGCCCCCAUACUGGUAACUGUUUAAUAUUACUUUCACCCUUGUUCACUCCACAUAUGGAUAGUCUUAUUCCAGAAUAAGAAUGCCUUGUUCCUAUUUAGCUUAACUCACCUGAACUUAGCUUUCAAAGUGUCCACACAUGGAGUUAAUCAGAGAUUUCUCCAUGUGCAGAUAAGCCCGUCAGAUAACAGAUUUCUCAAUUUUGAGAACUCAAGAUAUGUAAGUCCAGGUAGAUCACUCUCUGGAGAUUAUUUAUGGAGAAAACGGAGCGGAUUUUUGCAUUGAACGAUGCCAACAUUUGGUAUGUUUUCCUAGGAUUAAACAUGGGACCAAUCGGGAAAUAUAAAAACUUUAUCUUACUUUGGAAAUCUCAGUCAAUUUUUUCCUGCCUUCUGAAAAUACAGGAUAUGUUAAGUCAAUUUCACACGUGUAUGUUUUCUUUCAAACAUAUAAUAAAAACUUUCAGCUUUA